ACACCGUUAUAUCAGUUGGAAAUAUUGGCUGAAGGAAUCGUGCGAUCGGUUUAUUGCUGCCUUUAAUUUACUUUCGUUUGCUAGUUUUUAUAGUGAUAGUUUUCAAUUUCACUUCAAGCGCGGUACACGUUGUUUUUUGUUGGCAGCACGGGACUAAAAUUCAAAUAUAAUGGGCGUAGAAUCCUUACAACAGCCGACAUAUGUUCUCGAGCCACAGCCGAUUCGAUGGACAAGAAGUUGCUUGAAGAAAUUGAAUAUAGAUGUAAGUACCUUUGAUUACACAUGCCAGUUUCUCGGCGAGUUAAUCGGCACCGCAAUGCUGGUAUUUCUCGGCUGUAUGGGAUGUUCCUAUAAUGCCAGCUUCGAACACAGCGUGUUUCAGUCGGCAUUUACGGUUGGCUUAGUAGUAAUGGUGAUCGUACAUUGUUUCGGUUGCGUUUGUGGRGCACAUUUGAAUCCCGCCAUCACAUUGGCCGUUUACAUUUACGACAUGAUCUCACUAACAAUGGCAGGUGUUUAUUUUUUGGGACAACUACUUGGCGCCUUUCUCGGUUACGCUCUAAUGAUGGCAUUAAUACCAGAGAGUGCCGUGAAGCUGGGUGGCGCCGCGCAUGGUGUAUGCGUUGCCACACCACAUCCACAAAUUACCACAAUGCAAGGAUUCUGGAUUGAGUUUAUUCUCACUGCAAUGCUGAUAAUCACCACCUGUAGUGCGGCCGAUUCACGAAACAUUACAUUUCAAGACUCAUUGCCGAUCCGCUUCGGCUUAACCGUUACCUGCCUUGGUCUCGCGGGGGGUCAAUACACUGGUGCCAUGCUGAACCCUGUCAAAGCUGUUGCCUCAGCUGUCUGGAAUUCCGAUUAUCAGGACCAUUGGGUAUACUGGGCAGCGCCAAUGCUCAGUGCAGCGGUGAGCGCCACCUUUUACAAAGUGAUUUUCAAGCGGGAUAUGGUGGAGCGGGAGCGGUUACAUGACCGGUUUAAGCAUGAACUCGGCAAAGAGCUUAGCUGGAGCUCUCUUCAACUGGUAUUGGUCGAACAACUGGAUAUAUCAUGUAACAACGUAUCCUGCAGCAAUUCUCAUGUCACUCGUGCACAAAUUUUUACUUAACGAAGGUUCGAAAUCUGCCGAAGAGUAAACAACUCUGAUAUUGAAAUUACUGCCGUAUAAACUCAUAAUUUUUUGCUUUGAAUAUCGAGUGGAAAAUUCAUCAGUUUAUUUGUUUUUUUUUUUUUUAUGUAACUCACAAUAAUAUUCAAACGGUCAAAUAUAUAAUUAUAUACUUAUAUUAAUAUAGACAUUUUCUCUUCAAAUUUGGUGUAUUAUACUAAGUGGCAUCGUAAAAUGAAAUUCGAUAGGCAUUUGUUCAUGGUGUGUGUCAGCGAAUUCAUCGGCACCGCAAUUCUCAUGUGUGUCGGCUGUGCGUCUGUGGUGGGCAUUACAUUAUCAUUUUAUGAACGAAAUUUGUCAAUGAUCGGAAUUGGCUUUGGACUGGCCGUGCACAUUUCCGUGCAUACACUCGGCACGAUUUCCGGCUCACACAUCAAUCCGAGCGUCACCAUUGCGGCCGUCAUGCUUGGCAAUAUGGAGUGGCAAUUGGGUUGCUUUUAUGUAUUGUGUCAGUUUCUGGGCGGWCUCACCGGUUAUGCACUGCUUUUCGCGUCCCUUACGGCAUAUGUACGCACCGACAGCUUCUGCGUCACUAAGCCGGUACUUGGUAUCGAAAUAUGGCAGGCAAUAUUAAUUGAGUUCUUCUUAACAUGCAUACUUGUGUAUUUUUGUUGUGGCGCCUGGGAUAAACGCAAUUCACAGGUGCAUGAUUCAUUACCUAUACGCUUUGGUUUGUUGAUUGGCGGUCUUAUUUUUGCGGCG